UCUCCUUAGCAAAGGCAACAAAGUUUUUCAUGCAUGGGAUCCCUGAGGAUCAAACUCAAAAACAUCUCUACAUUAUCAACCCUGUGUUCAGAACAAAUCCAAACCCACCCUAUAUCAGCCGCUGUGAAGAAAAUUAGCUCUACCCCAGACAAAACCAACACAAUAUUUUAUUAAGCUUGGCUGGUACUGAAAUUCAGAGUAGGGCAGCCACAUACUUUAAAAAAUGUCAGGGAAAAAAUGUUGGUUUUAACAAACAUACCUUGGUGGGGUUUUUUUUCAGUCUGCCAUUGAAAUAGGAAAAUGCAGAUAGCCCAAACACCUUUUCUAUACUUCCUUGGUGCAACUGGUAAGCUCUCAGAGAUACCAGCAAUAUUUGAAAUGGUAGAGCACCAUUUCUUCUGAAGUGGUGGAGCAGACCCCUCUCUUGCCUCCUUUGCCACAUGCAGAGUGAGAAAUAUCUAAUAGGUAAGGAGCGAUUCAAAGACCCCUCAACAGCUGCUGAGCUGUUCAGUCAGAUCAGUUCAGUCAGGUUGGCUCUGGGAAUACAGAGCCAGUGUUGGAUCAGAUGUAUGAAGAGCCUGUGAGCAGAGUUACAUGGCUAGAAACCUGGCACGAGAGGAGAUUGAGCAAAGCAAACCAGAUGCCACAAGCACGAUUUGCUUGCUGCUAAUGAUGUCUCUGUAACAUCACAGGCUAUCUCUAAGCUAUAUUUUCCACUGCCUUGCUGGCUUGCAAAACUUUUAAUGGAACAAGUUUUUCUGGCAGAAGAACACUGAUUUUUAUCUUUAAUGAGCAGCCUCUCUAUCAUUUAGCUUCAGGAAACAGCUUCCUGGUUGUAAACUCCUUGAGACUGCUGACAGCCAGGCAACUUCAAAAGCAGCCAGGAGCAACUUUCUUGCUAACUUUGGGAAGGAAUUCAAAAAUGCUGAAAGGUGCAGAUGAUUCUGUUAUGGAGCAGGAGGACUCUGCUUCCCAACAUGGAGAAAUGAUGAGCUGGGAUAUCAAUGACAUCAAACUUCCUCAGCAUGUGAGCCAGACAGACUGGUUUCAAGAAUGGCCAGAUUCCUAUGUAAAACAUAUCUAUAGCUCAGAGGAUAAAAACGCUCAGAGGCACCACAGCAGCUGGGCAAUGAGAAACACCAACAACCACAACUCUCGCAUCUUAAAAAAGUCCUGCCUUGGGGUGGUGGUUUGUGAUAACAACUGCUCUACCUUGGAUGGGAGGAAGAUCUACCUAAGACCAGCCAUAUGUGAUAAAGCCAGGCAAAAACAACAGCGAAAAUGCUGUCCAAACUGCAAUGGACCACUGCGGCUCCUUUCCUGCCGAGGCCAUGGUGGUUAUCCAGUUACCAACUUCUGGAGGCAUGAAGGCCAAUUCAUAUUUUUCCAGUCCAAAGGAGCUCACGACCACCCACGUCCAGAAACAAAAUUAGAAGCAGAAGCAAGAAGAUCAAUCCAAAAAGCAAAGACAGCGUUUUCUCCAUCUUCUCUAAGACUAAAAAGAAUCCAGGAGAUUGAGUCUCUGACAGGUGCAGUGCCGACACAGGAGCCUUUGCUUCUUCCCAUCCGGGAUGUUCACAUGCCACCUGCUAUUUUAAGGGGCAUGCUUUUAAGCAAAAGCUCCCAGAAGCCAAUGCUGAGCAGCUGCUCUGGACAUCUUCCAUACCUGAGGACAGCUGGGGAGGACGGGGCCUCCAGAGAGGCACCCACCUGGAGCCGAAGCCUGUCCCUCAGGGGGACCCCCAGAGCCGAGAGGCUGCGCAGUGUCCCUGCCCUGCCCAGCACAGCCCCUUCUCCCCAGCAGUGCACCCACCUCAGCACCCAGCACGUCCUGCCCAUGGCAGAGGGUGGCCAUGACCCCUUCAGGUCCGACACAGGCCCUUUGGGAGAUGGAUCCUGUGGGAAGCAAUCCCCGCUGGCCUACAGAGACGCCUGCCUCUGUGUGCCGCCCCAGGCCGCGCCUCAGGGAGGGCCCUGCCCCAUGGCCAGUGGGGCACAGCCUCACACACAGCUCUCGCUGCCUCCAAGGGGAAGCCAAGGAGACAGGGGUGGGGGAGGGCACCAAGUCUGUCUCAAGUACUGCAACAACGAUGUGUUUUUUAACCUGAACCUGUUACAGUGACUGGAUUCAAACUUCCCUGCUCGCCCCUCCUCUGGCAAUGGGUCUAGUUCUCCACCCCUGUGGCAACACAGACAUGAAAGUGCUACCACAACAGGUCUCACUUUAGCUCCUCUUGCAGGCCCCAGAAGGCGCUUUCAUACCUGAAGUCUUGUCUUUGUUCCUUUUUAUUUAACGGUCUUAUUUCCAGCCACUGUUUCAUGGAUCUAAUAAAAGCUAUCAGCUCCUCUUA